CUGCAUGAGUGUCUGCUGCCUGCCUGCCUGCCUCUGGACUGUAGUUUGCCAGCUUUCCUGCCGUCGCUCCGCAGCUGGAUGGCGUGGGACAUGUGCAACCAGGACUCUGUAUGGAGCGAUCUCGAGUGUGCUGCUCUGGUUGGUGAAGACCAGCCUCUUUGCCCAGAUCUCCCAGAACUUGACCUCUCUGAACUAGAUGUGAAUGACCUGGAUGCAGACAGCUUUCUGGGGGGACUCAAGUGGUACAGCGACCAGUCAGAGAUCAUCUCCAAUCAGUACAGCAAUGAACCCACCAAUAUAUUCGAGAAACUAGAUGAAGAGAGCGAGGCAAACUUGCUAGCAGUUCUCACAGAGACACUGGACAGCAUCCCUGUGGAUGAGGAUGGAUUGCCUUCCUUUGAUGCACUGACAGAUGGAGAUGUGACCAAUGAAAAUGCCGCUAGCCCCUCCCCAGUGCCCGACGGCGCCCCUCCGACCCAGGAGGCAGAAGAGCCGUCUCUACUUAAGAAGCUCUUGCUGGCUCCAGCCAACACUCAGCUAAAUUACAAUGAAUGCAGUGGUCUCAGCACACAAAACCAUGCAAACACUAAUCACAGGAUCAGAACAAGCCCUGUGGUUGUUAAGACUGAGAAUUCAUGGAGCAAUAAAGCGAAGAGCAUUUGUCAACAGCAAAAGCCUCAGAGACGCCCCUGCUCUGAACUUCUCAAAUAUCUGACUACGAAUGAUGAUCCUCCUCAGACCAAACCAGCAGAGAACAGGAACAGCAGCAAAGAGAAAUGCACCUCCAAAAGGAAGCCCCAUCUGCAGUCUCAGACAAAUCACCUGCAGGCCAAACCAACAAGUUUAUCACUUCCAUUGACACCCGAGUCACCAAAUGAUCCCAAGGGUUCCCCAUUUGAGAACAAGACUAUUGAACAAACCUUAAGUGUGGAACUCUCUGGAACUGCAGGCCUAACUCCACCUACGACCCCUCCUCAUAAAGCCAACCAAGAUAAUCCUUUUAGGACUUCACCUAAACUGAAGUCAUCAUGCAAGACUGUUGUACCACCUUCAAAAAAGCCCCGCUGUAGUGAGUCUUCCGGUUCUCCAGGAAAUAACCCAACCAAGAAGGGUCCAGACCAGUCUGAGCUGUACACACAGCUUAACAAGACUACAGUACUGUCCAGUGGACAUGAGGAGAGAAAGACAAAACGGCCCAGUUUGCGGCUGUUUGGUGACCAUGACUACUGUCAAUCUGUGAAUUCAAAAUCGGAAAUACACAUUAAAAUAUCCCAGGAACUUCAGGACUCCAGAAAACCAGAAUUUAAGGAUUCUUCACCUGGGUGGCAGUGUCAGAUUUGUUCUUCUUUAGAACAAGACCAGUAUUUCAAGAAAGAGACUUUACAGACAAAUAAGCAGGGAUCCCAUGGUAAUAACAGAAAACAGCUCCAAGACCAGGAAAUUCGGGCUGAACUGAAUAAGCAUUUUGGUCACCCCAGCCAAGCUGUUUUUGAUGAAGAAGCAGAUAAGAGCACAGAACUAAGGGACAGUGAUUACAGUAAUGAACAAUUCUCCAAACUACCUAUGUUUAUAAAUUCAGGACUAGCAAUGGAUGGUCUGUUUGAUGACAGUGAAGAUGAAAGUGAUAAACUAUGCUACCCUUGGGAUGGGACACAAGCCUAUUCAUUAUUUGAUGUAUCACCUUCUUGCUCUUCUUUUAACUCUCCAUGCAGAGAUUCAGUGUCUCCACCCAAAUCCUUAUUUUCUCAAAGAUCCCAAAGGACAUGCUCUAGAUCAAGGUCCUUUCCUCAACGCAGGUCUUGUUCCCGUUCUCCAUAUUCCCGAUCGAGAUCAAGGUCGCCCUGUAGUAGAUCCUCUUCAAGAUCUUGUUGCUAUUGUGAGUCCAGCCACUGUAGACACCGAGCACACAGAAGUUCUCCCUUAGGUGGAAGAUCGCGGUCCAGAUCGCCGUGCAGUCGCAGACCCAGAUAUGACAGCUAUGAGGAAUAUCAGCAUGAAAGGCUGAAGAGGGAAGAAUACCGCAAAGAGUAUGAAAAACGGGAAUCUGAAAGGGCCAAGCAAAGGGAGAGACAGAGGCAGAAAGCAAUUGAAGAACAUCGUGUGAUUUAUCUGGGUAAAAUCAGACCUGAGACAACCCGAACUGAACUGAGGGACCGGUUUGAAGUUUUUGGUGAAAUUGAGGAGUGCACAGUAAAUUUGCAGGAUGAUGGAGACAGCUAUGGUUUCAUCACCUACCGCUACACUUGUGACGCCUUCGCUGCUCUUGAGAAUGGAUACACUUUACGCAGGUCAAAUGAGCCUGAUUUUGAGCUGUACUUCUGUGGGCGCAAGCAGCUUUGCAAGUCUAACUAUGCAGACCUAGAUUCAAACUCAGAUGAUUUUGAUCCUGCUUCUACUAAAAGCAAGUAUGACUCCAUGGAUUUUGAUAGUUUACUCAAAGAGGCACAGCGGAGCCUGCGUAGGUAACAAGGGUGUCAUCCGAGGAAAACAAAGGGAUGGCGAAUACCUCACGGACAUCACGUCCUUCAAUAAUGGACAACUGCAAAGUCGUACUUAGGAAUUUCUCCUACUUUACACUCUCUGUUCAAAACCAUGGUUUACAUGAACACAGCUGCUCGAGGAGUGGAGGGGCAGGGUGCUGCCCAGUAAGCACACGCAUGGCCAUGGGUGUCAGCUGCGCUCUGGCGGGGGAGCGGUGGCGGGGGAGCCGGGUGUUCCUGGCGAGUUCAAUGCAAGUCACGAGACAUGGCAGCAGUUCCACAGAGAUACACGUACAAUGAUGAACUGCAAAAUCUGUACAUAUUGCAUUUUAACAAAAAAAGAACAAAAACAAACAGAGAAAAAAACCCCAGUGUGAGAACUAUGGCUGCUGAUGUCUGGGGAUCAGACACUGCAUAUUUUUUUUUUUGUAAAGAAGCUUCUUCUCACGGUGAUAAUAUGACAAUCCAGAAGAAACCACAGGUCCCAGAAGCCUGCAAUCUGUCUUAGCUUUGUUUUAAGAUUGUUCAUUUUUUGGUUGGUUUGUUUUUUGGGUUUUUUGUGUUGUUUUUUUUUUGCAGAAAAGAAAAUUAAAAGGCUCAAGCUUCCCUAACAUUUUGAAGUUUCAUCUUUUAAUUCUGACACCCAUGUAAAUGUCUACAACAUUGAUCUUCCACAGCAAAAUUUUCAAAGCCUUGUUAAUGGUCAAAUGUGCAGCUUGUUCAGCGAUUUAUUCUAAUGAGCGGACGUGGUGUUACAUUAUUAAUGAGAGUUGGAUAUAACUAUCUGGGUGUGUGCACAGAUAGUUUAUUUGCUACAUUCUCUAAAGUAGUUGAGUAUUUACAAAUGUUAAAUGGAGUAUUUUUAUUUAUGUACAUACUGUAUGACGAUGUUCUUUUUUGUUACAGCUAUGCACUGUAAAUGCAGCCUUCUUUUCAAAAACUGCUGAAUUUUUCUUAAUCAAGAAUACUCAAAUGUAAUUAUAUGAGGUGAAACAAUUAUUGUACACUAACAUAUGUAGAAAGCUGAACUUAUGCUUAUAUAUAUUUGAUUGUAAAAAAAAGAGAAAAGCGUGUGGGUGAGGGUGUGAGUGUGCAUAUGUGUGCAUGUGUAUCUGAGUGCAAAAAUGCAUUAUACACAUUCAUCCCUUCUUUGGUGAGCUUAUAUAAGAAUUUUGUCAAGAAUUAUCCUAGCCCAAAAGAUAUUAAACACCUUCUGCAGUAUUUUUCCACAUUUUUCUCAUUGCUUGAUUUUCUUUUGCAGUUUUAUACACUGAAUUUGUUAGGGGAAUGAAAUUUUCUCAUCUAAAUUUUUCUAGAAAAUAUCAUAAUUUUAUGUAAAGUCUCUCAAAUGGGUAAUCAUUAAGAAAUGUUUUUAUUUUAUGUAUCAACAGUAGUUUUGGAACUAGAGGUCAAAAAUCUUUUUAAAAUGCUAUUUUGUUUUAAUUUUUGUGAUUUUAGUUUGAUAAAAAUAUGCUGAGGUACUAAGUACAGUAUGAUUUUUACUGUAAUUCUGUGUCUAAACACUGUUCUUGAAGCCAGUAAUCUUUUCAUUGGCAGAGUUUAAUGAUGGUAUUUAUCUAUAUUUUUUACAGUUAUGCAUCCUGUAUAAAUAGCAAUCCUUCAUUCCUUUGUUUACUAAAGAGACAUAUUUAUCAGUUAUAAUUAUCCUAUUUAUUAUAAAUUAUGAGAUGACUAAAAGAAUAAAAAGGCCAGUGGAAAUUUUAUACCUAGGAUGCAUGAUGGUUGUCAGUUUGGAGUAAGCAAGUGCUUUGUUUGGAAAUUCCGCUUUUGCAGAAGCAGUGGGUUGGUUUUGGGUUUUUUUCCUUUUUUUUACUAUGCACUAGCAUGGCCUCAAAUGUGCCCAUGACAUUGUUGCUGAUGACAUUGCUUCUGUUAAAUUAAAUAGAAAUUUCAGGAAAGAAAAAAACCACAAGAGUAUAAACUACUGCUAUUCUGAGCAUCAGAAUUGCAUCUGAACUCGGAGUCUCUACUGAAUCAGCAAAGUUUGGAAUUUGCUUGUGAAUGUAUAGAUUUCUUAUUCUAUUGCUCUUUGGCAUUCAUGACUCCUCUUAAAGGUAUGGCACACCUAACUAUUUAAUCUACCUUCCCACGCCAAAUCUUAGAAAACUGAUUCUACCCCCAUAACAGUGCAGUUGAUUCUGAUGGCUGCAUUCAUUUUAUCACCAGCAUAUUGUGUUCUGAGAGAUUCCACUGUCUGUCCUGUCAGAUGCUUGCUUGAUUUUUUGGCUUCUUAUUUCUCAGUAGAUAGAUAGCAAUAAAACAAAAAAAAAAAAAAAGAACUUUUCUGGAAGUUCUGUGUUACAAAUGUAACAUCCUUUACUCUGCAUAAUUCUUGUUGUUGCUCUGUAGGUUAAAAAUGCAGGUAUUUUAACUUUGUGUGAAUGCCAAACUAAAAGUUUACAAUUUUCCUUUCUGGAUUUUGAGUAUCUUCUGUUGUAAAGAAAAAUAUUAAAAGCAAUAAAUUAUUUUUAAGAAAUCAAUAUUUAGUAUAUCAUAUUAUGUGUUCAAGGACCAGAUGCAUUACCUAUUUUGCCUUUACAUUUCUGUCAUUAAAUUUUAAAACGUUCUCUUUUGCCCUAGAUUGCUGACAUUAAGAAAUUGGUGUGGGGUUUGUGUGGGGGCAUUAUUUAUUUUUCACCAAGCAGGCAUAACUGAAGU